CCUAAGUAUUGAGCGGAGAAGAAAGCUAGCUAGCAAGCUAUUAGCGCGAGGGAACUUGCAGCUUUGUGCUUAAUUUGUGUUGUUGUUGUUGUGUACUUUCAGUGGGAAGCAUGGCGGGACUGCAGGAGCCGUGGAACUUGGAGAACGGUGGGGUGAAGGGGGUGAGCAAGGAGAUUCGGCACGGGCGGACAGCGCACAACAUGUCGUCCUCGUCGCUGCGGAAGAGGUCGGACCUUGGCCUCGUGUCGAAGCUGCCCUUCGGGGUGCUCAGGCAGGUGCUGGCCAAUCUGCAGGAGGUUGUUUUGGGGACUAAGCUCUCGGUUCUGUUCCCGACCAUCCCCCUCGCCAUUGUCGCGCAGUGUUAUGGGUUUGGAAGACCCUGGGUUUUCGGGUUGAGCUUGCUUGGACUUACACCGCUUGCUGAACGUGUCAGCUUUCUCACAGAACAAAUUGCUUAUUAUACCGGUCCAACAGUGGGAGGACUCCUGAAUGCCACAUGCGGGAACGCAACGGAGCUUAUAAUAGCAUUGUUUGCUCUAAGCCAACACAAAAUAAGUGUUGUAAAGUAUUCUCUCCUUGGUUCUAUUCUCUCCAACCUCCUCCUCGUCCUCGGCACCUCCCUCUUCUGCGGAGGCCUCGCCAACCUCAAAAAAGAACAAAAAUUUGACAGAAAGCAAGCCGACGUCAACUCGUUGCUGUUGCUGCUGGCGCUGCUGUGCCACAUGCUGCCGCUGAUGUUCCGGUACGCCGGCGGGAGUUCGGCGGCUGCCACCGCCGAUCCCACGCUGCUCUUGUCUAGAGCUAGUUGCAUCGUGAUGCUCAUCGCUUACUUUGCGUACCUCAUCUUCCAGUUGAUCACUCACCGCCAAUUGUUCGAAGCCCAGGAGGAAGCGGAAGAUGCUGAGGAGAUGUCAGAGGAAGUGGCAACCAUAGGAUUCUGGAGUGGACUUGUUUGGCUGAUUGGAAUGACUGCCAUAAUUGCUUUGUUAUCUGAGUACGUCGUCGGCACUAUCGAGGAUGCAUCAGAUUCAUGGGGUAUCUCUGUGAGCUUCAUCAGCAUAAUAUUGCUUCCAAUUGUUGGGAACGCUGCGGAGCAUGCAGGCGCAAUCAUCUUCGCCUUUAAGAACAAGUUGGAUAUAUCACUGGGAGUUGCUUUGGGGUCUGCCACUCAAAUUGCCGUGUUUGUGGUUCCAUUAAGCGUGCUCGUUGCAUGGACAAUGGGCAUCAAAAUGGAUCUUGACUUCAGCCUCCUCGAAACUGGCUCUCUCGCUCUCUCAAUACUCGUCACUGCCUUCACUUUACAGGAUGGGACUUCUCAUUACUUGAAAGGAAUGGUUCUUCUGCUGUGUUACGUUGUCAUUGGAGCUUGCUUUUUCGUUCUGAAAGCACCACUCAAUAACCAGCAACCACAUAUCCAUAUCUAGUGAGGAGUUGCUUCAUCAACCGAAUAGGAGCAACUAAUUAAAGCAUAGCAAGUACGAUCAUUGCUCUGUCUAUAAUGCAUAAAUAUAGUGCUAGCUGCCACAUACAAAAAGUAUAUAUUAAUUGUUUUUUUUUUGGCUUAAUUAAUAUUUUUGAGCUUUGGGUGACUGCAGUUUUGGCCUUGCCUGGGGGAUCAUUUUCUGGAUCGAUCAUGAUGGAUGACCAAUGCAUUCAAAAUGCAGUAGAGAUGUUUUCAUGAAUUUCAGUUCGCGCUUCCAAAGUCAUUGCCUUGCCUUCACAGCUGUUGAGAUGGAUCUCGGUUUUUGGUUUCAUUGAAGCCUAAUCUGCGAAGGAAAGAGUGACUAUAUAUAUAUAGUUGGAUAUGUAUAUUGUUUUAGUUUUGAUGUGAGGAAGAUCGCUAGUAUGUAUCGUUAUUUUCUUUUGUUGAUCAAUGUUAGAGUGUCAGCAGCAAAAGCCAUGCAUGCACAAGCGGUUUACAAUUGCCUAUAUUAUAUAUAUAGCGCAAUGUUGAAUAAAUUGAUUCAAUGGAAAUUGUUUGAAUUUUGUCUAUGUAAUCUUAUUGUUUGUGCAUGUCUUGCAAAAAAGUUCAAUCGUGGCUAAUUUUAUUACAUUUUGGCCAAUCUUUUGCUUCAGAAAAUGGAUAAAUAAAAUUUGUUGCUUUAAUUC